AUGAAGACGAGUGCUUCGGUCUUGGCUUGGGCAUCAGCCCUCCUCGCUGCUUCACCCGCCGUCGCAAUGGAGACUUGCUGUGCCUCACUUGAAGCAAAGGGUCUGAAGCACGUUUACUACCCCGAUAGCAACGGCUACAAGACCCGCACUGAGUCGUACUUUUCCGUGUCGUCGCAGCUGGAACCCUAUUGCAUCGUUCAGCCCGAGAGCGCCAAGGAUGUAUCUACGAUUAUCAAGACCUUGACGGCCGAUACAAAGUGUAAUUUCGCGAUUCGAAGCGGUGGACAUACCGUUUGGGCAGCGAAUAACAUCAACGAUGGUGUCACUAUUGACAUGGGAUUGAUGAAUAAGACUACGUAUGUCAAGAAUACGAAGGUCGCUCAGAUCCAGGCCGGUUCCAUUUGGCGAGAUGUCUACGGUGCUCUUGAACCAUAUGGUGCUACUGCUGCGGGCGGUCGCACUUCGACUGUCGGUGUCGCUGGCUUCUUGACUGGCGGUGGCAAUACCUUUUAUACUGCCCGUCGGGGUUUUGGGUGCGACCAGGUUGUCAACUUUGAGGUUGUCCUCGGCGAUGGACGCAUCGUCAAUGCCAACAAGGACAACAACGCCGAUCUAUGGAAGGCCCUGAAGGGCGGCUCAGCCAAUUUUGGCAUCGUCACCCGCUUCGACGUGCAGGCCUUCGACGCUCCUCUCCUCUGGGGUGGCCUAGUCACCUACUCGGCCGAAGAAACAACCGAUGCGCACGUCCAGGCUUACAAAGACUGGACCGAUAACAUCGUCAACUACCAGGAUGGAUCAGUCAUUCCUUUCUGGAGUUAUACUCCUCAGAAUAAGAAGAUUGGCAUCACUGUCUCGUAUGAGGAUACCACUGGCGCUGUCGCCCCAAAGGCCCUGGACGAGUUCUGGAAGAUUCCUUAUGAGACCUCCAACUUGCGCAAAGAUACUCAUCGUAACAUGACGAUUGAGCUUGAGCUUGUUGCAGGAUACCGCAACGUCUGGUUCGCCAUCACCUUCAAGAACAAGCUCGGCUUGUACAAGAAGGCUCUGGAGAUGCACAAACAGUUCGUCAGCGACUGGUUGGCUCAGUCCCCCGACGGUGACUUUAUCUGCCACGCCAUCUUCCAGGCCAUCCCCACCAUCUUCUCCAAGCACUCCCUCGAACGAGGCGGCAACGUCGUCGGACUUGACCGAGAGAAAGACAACGCUGUCAUGUUCCAGGUCCAGCUGAUGAUCAACGGCGUCGAGCAGGAAAAGAUUGCUCGUGAGCGCAUGGUUCGCUUCCGCAAGACGAUGAAGCAGUACAGUAUCGACCAGGGUGCUGCUGUCGAUUGGGAGUAUCUCAACUACGCUGACUUUACCCAGGAUCCUCUCUCUACUUAUGGACCUAAGAAUGUUGAGUAUAUUCGCAAGGUUGCUAAGAAGUACGAUCCCAAGGGAGUGUUCCAGACUAGACUGCCUGGUGGAUUCAAGAUCUCGAAGUGCCGUCGGGAACCGGGGGAACUCGGUAUUGCCAAGAGAUUCGCCGCGGCCAUAUUUCUCAUUGAGGUGACGGAAACCUCGCGGAUUCAGCCCGAUAGUUCACGGAUUGAUGGAGGAGAUGAUUUGUACCUCGACAAAGCCGGUCUCUCUUACAUCGUCCUUGAGGCCAAUGAUCGGAUUGGUGGCAAAACUCUCCCUGUCCCAGUUGCUACCGGCGGUGGACUGGUUGACAUGAGUGCCGCCUGGAUAAAUGACAGCAACCAGGAAGAGAUGUACGCAUUAGCCCAAGAAUUCGGCUUCGACCGUAUCGUCCAGCGCACCGAAGGGCUGUCACUUGACAAGUCGAACGGAACGACGCAUGCCAUUCCCUAUGACCAGUUUGGAGAUUUUACGGACGAGCAACUCGCCGAGAUUCUCGCAAUCAUGACCAAGUUGCAAGAAUAUGUUGAUCGGUCCAACCUUGAACAUCCCCACCUCGGGCCUGACGCUGAGAAGCUUGACUCGAUGACAGCUUUGAAGUUUGCGAAUGAAGAACUUGGAGAAGGCAUCGCGACGGUUCUUGUGACUAUGUUAGCGCGAGAUCUUCUUGGUGUUGAAGCAGAUGAACUCAGUGCCUUGUUUCUCAACAACUACAUCAGGAGCGGAACUGGUCCUGCAAACAUAUCAUCUGACACAAAGGAUGGCGGCCAAUACCUGCGUAAUGAGAUGUUUGCAAUCAAGCUAGCUGCGAAGCUCGACAGGAAGAAGAUCAAACUCAACUCUCCGGUGGUCAAGAUUAUCCAAGAUAAGAAUGACUGUAUUAUUAAAACGAAGAGCGGUUACAAAUACCAUUCUCAGAAAGUAAUUCUUUCAGUUCCGACAUCUCUAUAUCCCAAGAUCGACCUUGAGCCUCACCUACCGGCAGCAAAGAAAGAGCUUGCUCACUCUACUCAACUCGGCUAUCACUCAAAGUCUAUCUUGGUAUUUGAUGAACCCUGGUGGCGUAAUUCCAAUCUCUCUGGUGUACUGACGUCAAUUGAUGGCCUCAUCUCAUUUACUCGAGAUACCUGUGUUCCUGAGGAUAAGCAGUACAGCAUUACUUGCUUCCAUGUAGGCCAACCCGGACGAAAGUGGUCUCAGCUGUCAGAGCAGGAGCGCAAGGACGUAGUGAUGAAGCAGUUCAACAACGCUUUUAGUACAGUUGUCGACAAAGUCCCUGAGCCUAUUAACAUCAUUGAGAAGGACUGGCUCAAGGAUUCUUGGUUUCUUGGUGGACCUAGCCCAGUGAUGGAGCCUGGACUGCUGACUGGUGCCGGAAGAUCUAUCCGUGAUCCCUUCGAGAACAUUCACUUUAUCGGAAAGGAGACCUAUAUUGUUUGGAAGGGGGACAUGGAAGGGGCUAUUACAUCUGGCAUUCGAGGUGCUCGUGAGGUUACUGAAGCGCUUGACGUGUCGCCUUAUCUGUAA